AUGCGCCCUUAUAAUUGGGACGAUAUGCACCUUUUCGAUCAUGCUCAUCCAUCCGAAAAUUCCAGCCUUAUUCUCGAAUUCAAACCCAAGACAGGCCUGAAAAGGCUCUUCAGUGACGAGAGAGGGUCAUCUCACUGGCACGCAAUGAUGAGGAUCAAGGCAAAGAACGUGCCACGAUUGAUGCGGGAUGGUUUCUUCCAGUUGUCACCGAAGAAUUAUUGUGAGGGCAGUUCUGCACUCCGACUGGACGAUGCUGUAUGGCCUAAACGGCUUGGCUGCGAUGACUCUUGGAGACAGACCAGAACUUACGCGUUUAAAGAUGAAGGAGACGACCCUGAAUGGCACGCUAUACUGGCUGUGGUCUCAAAGGAGCGUUUUACAAUUGUGAAUUUCGACCUGGGAAUGAUUACGCCUGAGACGAUAAAUAUGGUCAAGGCAUAUAACUGGAAGGGGGAACAGGUCUACGAGGCCAAUCCGUCACGACCCCGCGAGAACUUCAAUCUCAUCUACCCAAAUGUGGUUUUGGGCGGGUGGUGGGGCGGGCCCCAGACGACUCCAACCCAGACACCGGCUGUACUGGACAACUGUACGGAGAAGUUGCAUGAGAAGGCCGAUGAGAAAGCCGAGGGAAAGUGGUAG